GUGCGCCAUUCGCAAGCUCGAGGCGAGUACCCAGGCUCAUCGCGAAGACGUCAUCGCUAGGCGACAGCGAGGAGAAGACGUUGCCUCGUGUAGAGCCAUGGAGGAGGCUGAGGAGAAGCCUCCGGCUGCUGUCGCGGCUCCCCCGGCGCCCGCCCUGCCACCCUGCGUGGAGGCGGAGUUGCCGUCCUUCGAGGCGGCCCGGGCGCUGACGGAGAACCGCUAUUCGUGCCUGGUGGUGACUCCGCAGCGGAGGCACGUCGCCUUGCCGCCGCGCUUCCUGCACCGCAAGAGGACGGGGAUCCGCGCGCAGCUGGACGCCGAGCUGCGCCGCUUCUCGGAGAGCUUUCAGGGUGUUCCUGUGGCUUAUGAUGAUAUUAAAAUAACAAGGGAAGUGGGAGAUAUAAUCGAUGACAUUGGAGCUGUCCAUCUGGACAUUGAAACAGAUUUUGUCGUGUUCCAGCCUAAAGAAGGGAAAAAACUUGUGGGUACAAUCAAUAAAAUGGCACCUAGUCACAUAGGCUGUCUGGUACAUGGCUGUUUCAAUGCUUCCAUCCCCAAACCUGAUCACAUGUCAACCGAUGAAUGGAAAGACCUUGGCUUCCAAAUUGGCAACAGACUGAUAUUUAAAGUACUGCAUUUUGAUUCAGAUGCUGCUGGAGUGUUCUGCAUCAAAGGAAAACUCUGUAGAAAGAGCAACAAGGAAAAGCACAAGGGAAAACAUGAAAAGCCCCAUGAUGUGCAGAAUGGCACAGAGGAGAUGGAGAUGGACAUAGCGACAGCUGGUGUUGAAGAGAUGAGAAACAACGACAUGGAUAAUGGAAUAUUUGAUAUGUCAGAUCGAGGGAAUGGGCAACACAGAGCAGGCCUGGGGCUGCAUAUGAGUGACUCAAGCGGCUACCAUAGUGAUCACGGCAAAUCUAAGAAAAAGAAGAGAAAACUUGGCGAGGAAGAAGGUGGACUCCCUGGAUUAUUAAAUCCCAAAGCUAAAAAGAAGAAAAAGCAAUGAGAAAUAGUAUGGAUAAUACCAAGUGCCUUAACUUGAACCUAGAACUCUUCCAUCAGGUGUAGUUGGAGAAGGAAUACUGUUGUUAUCUGUAGUUGGCGGACUCUUCAGCACAGCUAGUUGCUGCCACUUGGUUCUUUGCACUAGCAGUAGACAAAAUCAAUACAGACCACAGGAAUGGAGAACUUAAGAGACAGCACAAGCAUGUCCCCAAUUCAAUUAGCUGAGUAAAACUGCAGUCAGUUUCACCUCUCUGUCUGUAAAAGCAAUUUAUUUAAAAUUUGCCCCAAUUUUAAGAUUGUAAUCCCAACUGCUACAAGAGUUUUAAAAAAAUAAUAUUCUGUUUAUUUGCUUUUUGACUGCAUUCAUUCCCUGAAAAACAGAUAGCAUGACGGGUCUCCAUCUGUAAACAAAAACAAAUCACACCAAAAAGACUCCAGGCAUUACAUCACCUUUGUAAAUUUAUAAAACUAGUUAUACAUCAUCAAGAGGCAUGUUUCAGAGACUUCAAUUUCUAAAUGCCAGAUUUAGUCCAUUAAAAUACAUUAUGGAUGUUCAGAAAUUUCUCCCUAAGUUCUUUUUUUUAUUUUUGAGAAGGAUAAAGCAUGACUCCCCAAAAUUAUUCAUAAUACUUUAAAGAAUACUGAUUGCUCUGUGGAUGUCAAGGCAAAGCUGGUUUCUGACAGCCUUCAGUCUAAACAUAGUACAAUAUCCCUGACUUGUCCUGGGAAGAAAGGGCAAAUGUCCAAUUUUUGUCUCCCCACCCCACCCCCAAAAUGCAAUCUGCAUCUCGGGAGAACAGCCUCUCAGCAAAAGAAAACUUAACUGAGAAGUUAUCAAUCCCUGGUUCAGAAGAAUUAUUGGAGCACAUUCCAAAAAUUGUUGAGAAAACCUUUUCCAAUGACUACUGUAUUUUUCGCUCCAUAGGACGCACUUUUUUCCUCCUCUAGAGAGGGGGAAUGUAUGUGCGUCCUAGGGAGCGAAUGCCAUGGCUCCGGCAGCGGGAUCCCUCGGCUGCCGCUGCGGUCUGAGCGGAGGGAUGCCUCUGCCGCCAAACCAGUGUCUCUCCCAACCGCAGGCUCCGACCCUGCUCUUGCGAGCGGCAGAAGCGGGCAGCUGCGGGGGCGCUCCUUUCGGCCGCCUCUGCCACUCCCCGCCUUUGCCACUCACAAGAGCAGGGAUCGGAGGCACGGUUGGGAGAGACACAGCGCUACGCUGUGUCUCUUCCAAAUGCAGGUUCCUAUCUUGAGAACAUCAGAGGCAGGGGGUCGGACAAAAGAGCACCCGAAAUGGCUCUUCGGCUGCUUCUCCGCCCGCCCGUCCACCUCUGAUGUUGCCCGCCUUUGUCGCUGUGAUCUAUCAGUGGCAAUGUGAUCAAUGGCAGUGAUCUAUCCAUUGGGGGGUUUUCAGAAUUGUUGAGCUUUUUUAAAACAGUGAGUGUGCAGAACUUAAAUAAUUUGCUCACCAACAACACAGCUGCUAACACAUGUACGCACUGCUACAGCAGACAACAAAGGAACACACACUAAACGCGAUGCAGGGAAAGACCAGGGGGGGGGGGGCGGAGGCAUGAUUCGAAACAACGUGAGCGAUAAGGAUCCCGCGAUCGACCACGAUCAUCUGGGGAUCAACCUGUCGAUCGCGGUCGAGCUGUUGGACACCCCUGUCCAACCCUCUGCAAUGCAGGAAUAUGAAGCUAUCCCAUACAAGGAUCAAACCUGCAAUCUUGGCAUUAUCAGCACCAUGCUCUAAUCAACUGAGCUAUCCAGGUCUGCUGGAUCCUAGCUCAGCAUUUUUAAACAGUGGCCAGACUCAUACAAUUCGGAAGCCUACAAUGAGGCCAUGAAUGCUACAGCUCACCCGUCCAUUGCAGUUCUCCAGAUAAAUCCUCUGAAUCUAAAAUUCCCCAUCACAAACUUGCCAGUUUGGUUUCAUCGUACUCCAGACUAGGGGGACUGGGAAGUCCCAAGCAAUCCUUACUUUCACAAAGAAGCUAUUCAUGCACACACUUCCUCUCUCUGGAAUGACUUGCUGACUGCACUGCGUGUGAUAGAAAACUUUUAAAUCAACGAAAUAGGUCACACCUAAAAGGCAGUGAAGUUUAUAUGCCAGGGGUCUGGUUAGCUAUUGCCUAUAGAUGGAAGACUUGAGUAUAGAAAUUAACAUAUUUCAUUGUGUAUGCUUGACGGUCCUUUAGACUUUGCUAUCGCAUUCUCCCAUGCCCCAUGACAGGCUCUUGAAAUCAAGAGGGUUCCAAAGCAGCGUAUGAUAGGGAUAUCAAUGGAUAUUUUUUUACUGCUUAUGCUGUACUAAUAAAAGAAAGUAAAAAUGCAACAAUAAAUUUCCUAAAAGCAUGGCCAAAAUGCCACAUAUCCAAACCGCAGGGGAUCUUCAAGUUGCCCAGUUAGUACUUGGACAGCAGACUGAGCAGCCGGUCACUUGGGCUACUCGGACAGUCUUCUGCACUAUAAUGAGGUGCAUUACAUUUCUAUUUAAAUUAAAGUUAUCCUUUCUAAAUUGGCAUUUAUAUAUACAAAUUUUAUGCACGCUGUUCAAAGACUGUGGGAUGUCACUGGAAAUGUCCAACAUUUAAAUGUCCAACAUCUAAGCUGUUUGCAUUCUGGUUAUGUCACACCUUCUGUGAAGCCAGAUAAAAACGAACUUUUUGUUUGGGCUAGCUGACUUAGGCUGCCGGUUUUAUUUCUUUACCAUCUUGCUGAAUGAUUACGAGAGGCUGGAAAGAUGCGGGGAUUGCUCCAGAGAUUUGCCUAACAUUUAUCCACACCUGACUCUUAACCUACUGUAGGAGUCACUUGAAAAAAUGAUUAUACAGAAACUGUUGUGAAGCCGUCCCACCUUGAGCUAAUUCUGAGCGAUCCCAUCUUUAGGAAGAGGUGAUCUCUUGAGGGUCUUAGACCCUCGUUUCUAAAAGCAGCUUCUGGGUUUUUUUUUUUUUUUUUUUGCUUUCCAAAGGUGCUUGUGUGUGAAUGCUACUGGAUCAUCCUUGACUGGAACCUAAACUAUGUGGUAGGUGAGGGAGUGGGGUGGGG